AUGCGGUCCACAGCAUUCCCCCUCUUAUUCCUUCUUGGAGGAGCCCUUGCAAAGCUGCACAAUAUUGCAGUCUGCGUCACCAACAGAAAAUACUCCGAAGUAGGAGGCUCACCCUUCAGUCCCAGCUACACAUGGUCCAAGGACUAUGAGAUCCUACCAGAUGAGACCAAGUGCGCGUGCGACUUUUACAGGCAGCGCAAUACUGGUAAUGAGCAAUACGAUCAGUGCCCUGAUUGUACCUUUGAUGGCAACUACUGUAAUUCUGCAGGAUGGCAUAUUGGUGGUGAUGAGAUGACUUAUUACUGUGAGAAGCUAUGCCAUGCUGAAGGUGCAGAGGGAAAUUAA